AUGGUAUGUGGAAGUGUCAACAAGCAAAUCUCGCGCUUCGAAGUCACAGCGGUCUAUACCCAUCCGCAGGCCACUGCGGACAUUGUCCUGGUCCACGGCCUCAAUGGCCACCCAGAGAAAACAUGGACGGCUGCCAACAGCGUGUUCUGGCCCACCGACCUGCUCCCAGCGUCUCUGGAGCUGAAAAACCAGCACGCCAACGUCUUGGUUUACGGCUACAAUGCCGACGUCUACUCAAGGGGCACCAGCACGCCUAGUAACAACUUCAUUCACCAGCACGCCCAGUCUCUGGUCACCUCGCUUACAUCGUUCCGCAAGAGCGAAGGGACCGAGAGACUGCCAAUAAUAUGGGUGGUGCACAGUUUGGGAGGUAUAGUAACCAAAAGGGCACUACUAUACUCGAAUGAUAUCCGGGCCCAUCAGCAAGAAGACCUGCGCUCAGUGUUCGUAUCUACGUACGCCAUCAUCUUCCUCGGCACCCCACACCAAGGCUCAGACUUGGCCACCUGGGGCCGCAUGCUCCAAGCCAUGUCGGACGCCGUCAUUCCCCGGCGCUUCUUCGAGACCGAAUCCGUCCUGCUCAAGUCACUCAAGAAGGACAACGAGACCCUGCAGGGAAUCAACAACCACUUUCUCGACAUCUACCAGCGUUUCAAGAUCCACAUGGUGCAUGAGAACCAUACCACGGACUUGAGAGGGACAAGGGCGCUCGUGGUGGAUGCGAACUCGGCUAGUCCGCAGUUGCAGGGCGUGAUAUACUAUGGCAUUGAAGCGACACACUCGGGCAUGUGCAAGUUUGAUGGGCAGAACGCGCCUGGCUAUAGGAAUGUGUCGACGGCCAUUACGGAGUGGGUGGCGGUGGCUAGGGCAGUCAUCGACAUACGCUGGGAAGCAGAGGAGGAGGAGCGGAAGAAACGGGCUGCGGAUGAGUACUAUGAGAGGAGUGUGCAGGCUAUGCAGUCCUACCAACGCUCGCAUUCGCCGGGUUAUAGCAACCAGCAGUUUCCCUCCAUCGACAAUUACAGCAAUGAGACUCUUCUACUUCAACACCACCCUCAUGGCAACCAGAGACGUCCCAAGCUCCUGACACCUCUGCCGUCGUCUCCGUCACAAUCUACGUUGUCCACGCGCGAACCUACGUUGUCCACGCGCGAACCUACGUUGUCCACGCGCGAACCUACGUUGUCCACGCGCGAACCUACGUUGGUGUUGGAGCCGGGCGUCAUCAGCCCUAGCCAGCCCGUUGGUGGGAAUAACAACAAACCCCUCACUACUACUACCACCGACAUUCAACCUCAACCACCACUUCCAGCGCCCCUUACCCCCCAACAACCAAACCCACCUGCAACACAAACCCACCGUCACUCCCAAACUCAAACUUCCUCCCCCGAACAACCAGAACCCCUAUUCAUCCACCCCGACUCCUUCCGGCCCAACUCCUUCUUCGUCGGCCGCGAAGACGAACUCCGCGGUCUCCACGAAAUGCUCCAAGACCGCCGCCGCCGUCUCGAAGGCACUUCCGCUGUGCUAAUUCAAUGUCUCCCCGGCGGCGGCAAGACGCAUCUAGCGCGCGAAUACGUCUAUCGCUACCGCGAUCACUACCCCGGCGGCGUGUACUGGGUGCGCGCCAAGAGCAGAGGGGAGGUGGAGUCAGGUUAUUGGAGGGUAGCCAGGAUGGAGAUUAUGCGUAGUAGUACUACUACUACCACUACCUCUAACGAUCACGUAACAAGUUUGGGAUUAGGAUUGGAAGCCCUGAGGGAAGAUGCAAAGACCAUGGUGCAGGUUGUCAAGGCAUGGUUUAAUUCCCACAGGGACUGGUUGUUGGUGUUGGACGGGAUCCAGUUCGACAUCCCAGGCUUGUCAGACUUCAUUCCGGACGCAAGGCACACGAGUAUCAUCUAUACCAGCACGGAGAGGGCGGUUACGGGCGAUCCGAGGUUUGAUAAUCCGCAGGUUAUGGAGUUGGGAUUGUUGACUCCCAGACAAGCGGUGGAACUGCUGUUGACCGAACUUGACCGGAAACCUACCUCUACUGUUUCUACCUCCUCCGCCAAUCAUGCGGGAAAUGAUGGCAACGGCCGGAAACAUGGAGGGUGGAAAGAUGAAGAGGAAGAGAAACGAGCGCUGGAGCUGGUUAAUCUGAUGGGCAGGUUACCGCUCAUGAUCCAUGUCGCGGCGCAGCAUCUGAAAGCGACGAGGGAGCCGUUGGCGAGGUACCUAGCGGGGUGGAGGGCAAGUAAGCCGAAGCAGGUGGGCAAUUUGCAUGCGUAUAAGAAGGUCAGGGAGCAGUUGGAUGCGAGGGGGAACGUGGCGGCGUUGAAUUUGGUGGGGAUGUUGGUUUGGUGGGAGCAGUUGGUGCCGGUUGAGAUGGUGGCUUUUGGCCUCUCAGCCUUAUCCCGCGAUACCCCCGUCAAAACCUCCGAUGCGUCCCAUAGGAAGACGACGCUCAACAACACCCUCAAAGUCCUCAUCAAGUUCGCCCUCAUCGAACGCACCACCGAAUCCCACGACAGCAUCACACCCCUAACCCGCAGCGCUAGCACAGUCAGCUCUCGCACUUCCGCCAACCGCAGUCUCGACACUCCUGGCACGAAUCAACACCGGAAUUACAGUGACUCCUCUGACUCGCUUGACCUCUUGCGGAUCCACUCCGUCAUCCAAGCGUUUUUCAUCGAGACGCUGGCAGAGGAAAAAACUGCGGUGGCUUGGAUCGAGAGGGCUGCGGCGGUUUGGUGUAGGUCUUUUGACGAGGCGCAUAGGCGUAUUGAGGCGUCCAAAAGAGAAGGUGGAGGGGAGCACGCGGAGUUUGAGGGUCCAAGGGUGGGAGUGCCGGAUGAUUAUCGGAGGUACUGCAUCCAUGGCCAGAAGUUGUUGCAGAACAUCGAGAGGUUUGGUAAUGAGAAGAGGGAUCCCCAGAGGAGGUUGGAGAAGUGGAGAUGGAUGGUAAGACAGAGGGUAGAGGAGGCCGGGAGGGGGGUGGAGGAGCUGAGUCGGCUGGAGCGGUUGAUGGGGGUUGAAGAGGUGGAGGUGGUAAGUGUGUUUGAUGGCAAUAAUAGUGCGAGUCAGGAGGGCAGUAGUAUGUCGGAAACAGAUUCGAAUGAUACGACUGCGCCGAGUCAAGAGAGUCAAGAGGAAGGUCACGUCGGUCCGGGAAGUUGGGAGAGGGCGUUUGGGGGCGCCGCGGUAGAUGAGGGGUUCACGCCGAUGGAGUCGCCUAGUAGCUAUCACUUCUCGACUGCUUCGGGUCGUCGGAGGCCGUCGGACUUGACGAUGACGAUAGCAGGUCAGGCAGCUUCGGGUCCGUUCUCGUGGAAGGAGAGGGGGAUGGAAGCCACGGCGCCGUAUCCGACCGAAGGAGUGAUGCCCCCGACUCCUGGACUGGACAACAAAAUCAGAGGUUUGCUGGAAGACGAAAGGACUGUGGUCCCGGCCGCUGUUUCUGCUUAUUAUGAACCUGUUGGCGAACAGUCUCACGAUGAAGUUGACCAAGCAGCCCUCACACCUAUCGUCGAAACCCCGAGUGUCUACACGGCCCUAGACGGUUUGGAGAUUCCCACGCCCGCUCUUGAAACAGGACUCUUUGAGGAGUGGAACGCCGUCGUUCCCAACCACCGCGUCAUCAAGAAGCAAGAAGCCCGUCGGUACCACGACCGCGCCGGAGCCUGGAGAGAUGUUAGGACUGUCGGCGAUCCAAGAGUGGGAGUCACGCUGGAUGUGGCUGUUGGAGCGUUGGCUGGGAAGCCCGCGAUGGGUGCAGGUACAAGUGUUGUGCCUGUAUGGCCACCGCGUAGAACAAGGCGGGUGACGGCCCAGACACAGAGUGAAGCGCAGCUGGAGCUGAACAAAAUUCGACAGAAGGUCGCGGGCACGCAGGCUGUUAUUGCUCAGGCUCAGGCUCAGGCUCAGGCUCAGGCUCAGGCGGUUACUGACGGAGGUUUUGGAGGAUUGGGUGAUAGCUUGACGCCGCCAAUGCCGCCUAGGAAGAUGAGUGGAGGGGGGCUGUCUGCCGUGAGCGAUCUUUCUCCUCCUACACCGUCAUCGAGCGGGUUGCUUUCUCCGAGUGGAUGGCUGAAGAGGUUGAGGGAGGGCCUUGGCUCGAGUGUGCAGAGUGUACCAACGGCGGUUGGUUCGACAUCGCCAGGCAUGCCUCAGGGUCAGCAGCUUUCUCGAUCAGCACCGCAGGAGGAUGAGCUUGUGAUCGUCCCUGGUCCUAUCUUUAGAGGAAGUCGGACGUCUCGCUCAAGUCCGGCUGACCUUACCUCCUCUCCUUUUCCACCUCCUUCUUUUGCUGCUACUGCUGAUCUCGAUGAAUCGUGGAUUCGCCCGUCUCGAGCCACUCAUCGAUCAUCUGAGCCGUCAAGUCAGGUUGAUUGGGAUCAAGAAGCUGAGUAUCUCUCGUCUUCCCAGCCGAUGGUGAACACUGGGAAAGUGGCUACUGGAAGUCCUUCAUCGGGGAUGAGCAGAAACAGCAAUCCCACAGUUCCCGGCACCAACCUGAAUGCAAAUGGCAUGGGUAACAGGCCUUCACCCAUGCAGCUGCAGAUGCCUCUGAUGCCCAUCAGCAUCAACGCUCCUGGGUCAGGCGCUGGUCGACUACCUCAGAAGAUCCAACAACAGCAGCAGCAACACCGACCAGCGUCGUACACAGAAACCGAACCCUCGCCUAGGACAGAGAGUGCGUUUCCAGGUGUUGACACGAGAUACUCGCGAUGGGACGAGAAUCAGAUGCAUGCUCAUGGCCAUCCUCAAAGUACUUCGGCUUCCUACCAAUUUCCCACGGCCGGUGGUCAUGCCCAUCAAAAGCCGGCAACUUCCACCAGUCUCGGAAUGAAGGCCACCACAGCAUCUUCGACUUCAGCCCCCCAUCCACAACCAGCGCCCGCCAUCCUCUGGCGGAAUCUGGGCAGAGGGUUAACGAGAAGGAAGACUAAGGAGCGGAUUCAGAAUGUGCUUGGUGCUAAUAGCGGUCGAUCGCAAUCCGUGAGUCUGUCUGCCUUCCCGACUAGAUCACGACGAGGGAGUGGACAUCAGUCUGUGUCAGGGCAACAGCAUCCAUUGGCGAGUUCAGCCACUUCCACCACUACUGCUGGAAGUGCAACGCAAGGCCAGGAACAUGCGGGACGUCCAGAUAUGAUGGCAUCUAUAUCGAACAUGGGCGGACAGUUUCCUGGCACCCCUGCUUCUGCCAUUUCUUUCAUGCCGUCGACUCCAGCACAACAAACCAGCAUUGGCUCAAUCUCCGCGGUAGCUAGCUCACCCGUUACUCCAGCUCCUACAUCAAUCUCCUUGCUACAAUAUCAGGAACAGCGAAGUUCAUCCUCCCCUGCUCUUGGAACGGGAGUAGGGGCAGGAGCAGGCAUCCUCCUCAGCGACGGCACCAUCUUCCAAUUUCCUAGCAGCAGCGGUGUCACAUCAGCUUUCACUCCAGUGACUGAUGUCAGCACUGGGUCCCCUAUUGUCGGUCGACCGACGGGACAAGAACAUGGGUUUCCGCCGCCUGGGUCGCCGGUAGCAAGUGGAUUGGCAUGGGAAGUGCAGCAGUCACGUUCAAGACCGAUGGCCACGCCUAUUCAGGGAGGAGGAAUGACAAACGCUGCGCUUGCAAUGACGCCUAGCACCUCUAGCAUGGGACCGCCAACCAUGCCGCCCACGCCCCCGACCGCUACGGGUUUGGGAAUGGCCAGGAGGAAAAGAAUCGUUCAUCAGCUGACUUCGACUUCUUCGCCUGGGUUACAGUCUCCAAAUCCAAAUCCCAAUACUCCUCCUCUGAAUUCCUCAUUGCCUACGUUACCCUAUGAGACUCCGUUGGGUUCGGUGCCUCGAACACUUACUUCACCUGUGCCCUACGUUCCUGCUUCUCCUAGGGUCCCCGGUGCGAAUCCCGAUGCUGGCACCUCCAGUCUUAUACCCGGUGCUGGUAUUGCGAGUACAGCACGAGGAGGGGUUCGAGGAACAAGGACGAGAGCUAGAAGCGGAAGUAGUCCUGGACCUUGGAGGCCUUCGACGAUGGCGUCCAUGCCAAUGGGGAGUUUGCAUAGGCCUUGGAGUCGUGGACAUGGGGCGGGUGGAACUGGUUCUGCGUUGCUGUCGAGGUCGGACAGUCCCCAGUACGGGAACGAUUGAUGCUGGGAGAGGGGGUUCUGGGUAGGCUCAGCAGGGGAAGGAGGGAGGGAGGGAGAGGUAGUGGUGGUGGUGGUGACAGUGCAGGUGGUGGUGAUGACGGUGCGGAUGUUGGGAUGGGAUUGGGAGUUUUGUCGCCGUGAGGAGGGAGAAGAGUAGUGUUCUCUUUUCCAACGUGUCUGUGAUAUUAUUGUGUUGCUGUUAUUCUCAUGGGUUAUUCGUUCUUUGUUUGCUUAGUUGGGAGGCUUCAAAUGCUUUGUUAUUUCGAUCGUACCUAUACAAAUAACAGGUGCAGGCACGGAUGGAGGAUCUGAACAUAUGGCUUUUAACGGGUAAAAUGGUUGGCACAGGACACAUGGGUAACAUUUACAGGGACUGGAGGCGUUGUGCGUUGUCAACUGGGAAUAAUUUCUGUGUUUUCAAGCUACUUGGGGACAUACAUAAUGGUAUUCCUGGAGCUGGGAGUAUAUUUCACUGUCAAUCAUCUUCACAGUCCACGUUCACGAUGACGAGUGUAGCAC